GGUCUCCGGCGCAGGCGCAGUGCGGAUAAACAGGAAGCGGGCGGUGGAGGCAGUGGCAGAGGAGACCCAGGGGCUACCGGGGGGAAAUAGCGGAAGGACUAGGACAUUGGGAGGGCGGCCGAGGCUGAGCCUGAGAAGAGGACCUUUGGCUGUCUGCCUCAAGGGACGGAGAGGUUGUGGCCGCGCUCGCCACGUAGACUUCCAGCUCCCCAGCUUAGGCUGUGGCAGCGGCUGACAAAGGGCUCGCCGGUGCCGCCGCCCUUCUCAUCCGGGCACUCGGGUCCCUGCAGAUAGGGAGGGGGAAGGGCACAGGAGAAGGAGGAGGGGGGAGAGGAGCAGGAGGGGCGCGCGCUUGGAGCCGAGGCCCUCACCAGGGCUCCGGGCCGGCGGCCCGACGGACGGAGGCCGAGCAGGACCCGCAGAGGUGGCGACUGCCGUGGGCCGGAGGAUGGUGCAAAAAGAGAGCCAGGCGGCGCUGGAGGAGCGGGAGAGCGAGCUCAACGCCAACCCGGCCGCCUCCGCGGGGGCAGCGUUGGAGCCGCCGGCAGUUCCGGCCCCCGGAGAAGACAACCCACCCGGGGCUGGCGGAGCUGCGGUGACCCGGGCGGCUGGCGGGGCGCGGAGGUUCCUGUGUGGCGUGGUGGAAGGGUUUUAUGGAAGACCUUGGGUUAUGGAGCAGAGAAAAGAACUCUUUCGAAGGCUCCAGAAAUGGGAAUUAAAUACAUACUUGUAUGCUCCCAAAGAUGAUUACAAGCAUAGGAUGUUUUGGCGAGAGAUGUAUUCAGUGGAAGAAGCUGAGCAACUUAUGACUCUUAUCUCUGCUGCACGGGAAUAUGAGAUAGAGUUCAUUUAUGCUAUUUCACCUGGAUUAGACAUUACCUUUUCUAAUCCUAAGGAAGUAUCCACAUUGAAACGCAAAUUGGAUCAGGUUUCUCAGUUUGGGUGCAGGUCAUUUGCCUUGCUUUUUGAUGAUAUUGACCAUAAUAUGUGUGCAGCAGACAAAGAGGUAUUCAGUUCUUUCGCUCAUGCCCAGGUUUCCAUCACAAAUGAAAUUUAUCAGUAUCUGGGAGAACCAGAAACUUUCCUCUUCUGUCCAACAGAAUAUUGUGGCACUUUCUGUUACCCAAAUGUAUCUCAGUCUCCUUAUUUAAGGACUGUGGGUGAAAAGCUUCUACCUGGAAUUGAGGUGCUUUGGACAGGUCCCAAAGUUGUUUCCAAAGAAAUUCCAGUAGAGUCCAUUGAAGAAGUUUCUAAGAUUAUUAAGCGAGCUCCAGUAAUCUGGGAUAACAUUCAUGCUAAUGAUUAUGAUCAGAAGAGACUAUUUCUGGGCCCAUACAAAGGAAGAUCUACAGAGCUCAUCCCUCGGUUGAAAGGAGUUCUCACUAAUCCAAAUUGUGAAUUUGAAGCCAAUUAUGUUGCUAUUCAUACUCUUGCCACCUGGUACAAAUCAAACAUGAAUGGAGUGAGAAAAGAUGUAGUGAUGUCUGACAGUGAGGACAGUACGGUAUCAAUCCAGAUAAAAUUAGAAAAUGAAGGCAGUGAUGAAGAUAUUGAAACUGAUGUACUCUAUAGUCCACAGAUGGCUCUAAAGCUGGCUUUAACAGAGUGGUUGCAGGAAUUUGGUGUACCUCAUCAAUACAGCAGUAGGCAAGUUGCACACAGUGGAGCUAAAGCAAGUGUAGUUGAUGGGACUCCUCUAGUUGCAGCACCCUCUUUAAAUGCUACAACUGUUGUUACAACAGUUUACCAGGAGCCCAUUAUGAGCCAGGGAGCAGCCUUGAGUGGUGAAUCUACAGCUCUGAGCAAGGAAGAAGAAAAGAAACAGCCAGAUGAGGAGCCUAUGGACAUGGUAGUGGAAAAACAAGAAGAAACAGAUCACAAGAAUGACAAUCAGAUACUAACUGAAAUUGUUGAAGCUAAAAUGGCAGAGGAGCUGAAGCCAAUGGACACUGAUAAAGAAAGCAUAGCUGAAUCAAAGUCUCCAGAGAUGUCUAUGCAGGAAGAUUGCAUUGGUGAUAUUGCCCCUAUGCAGACUGAUGAACAGACAAACAAAGAGCAAUUUGUGCCAGGUCCAAAUGAAAAACCUUUGUACACUGCAGAACCAGUGACUCUGGAGGAUUUGCAGUUACUUGCUGACUUAUUCUAUCUUCCUUAUGAGCAUGGGCCCAAAGGAGCACAGAUGUUACGUGAGUUCCAGUGGCUUCGAGCUAAUAGCAGUGUGGUCAGUGUCAAUUGCAAAGGAAAAGACUCUGAAAAAAUUGAAGAAUGGCGAUCACGUGCAGCCAAGUUUGAAGAGAUGUGUGGACUAGUGAUGGGAAUGUUCACCCGGCUCUCCAAUUGUGCCAACAGGACAAUUCUUUAUGACAUGUACUCCUAUGUUUGGGAUAUCAAGAGUAUAAUGUCUAUGGUGAAGUCUUUUGUACAGUGGUUAGGGUGUCGUAGUCAUUCUUCAGCACAGUUCUUAAUUGGAGACCAAGAACCCUGGGCCUUUAGAGGUGGUCUAGCAGGAGAGUUCCAGCGUUUGCUGCCAAUUGAUGGGGCAAAUGAUCUCUUUUUUCAACCACCCCCACUGACUCCUACCUCCAAAGUUUAUACUAUUAGACCGUAUUUUCCUAAAGAUGAGGCUUCCGUGUACAAGAUUUGCAGAGAAAUGUAUGACGAUGGAGUGGGUUUGCCUUUUCAAAGUCAACCUGACCUUAUUGGAGACAAGUUGGUAGGAGGACUGCUUUCCCUCAGCCUGGAUUAUUGCUUUGUUCUAGAAGAUGAAGAUGGCAUAUGUGGUUAUGCCUUGGGCACUGUAGAUGUGACCCCCUUUAUUAAAAAAUGUAAAAUUUCCUGGAUUCCCUUCAUGCAGGAAAAGUAUACCAAGCCAAAUGGUGAUAAAGAACUUUCUGAGGCUGAGAAAAUAAUGUUGAGUUUCCAUGAAGAGCAGGAAGUAUUGCCGGAAACAUUUCUUGCCAAUUUUCCUUCUCUAAUAAAGAUGGAUAUUCACAAAAAAGUAACCGACCCAAGUGUAGCCAAAAGCAUGAUGGCUUGCCUCCUGUCUUCACUGAAGGCUAACGGCUCCCGGGGGGCUUUCUGUGAAGUGAGACCAGACGAUAAAAGAAUUCUGGAAUUUUACAGCAAGUUAGGCUGUUUUGAAAUUGCAAAAAUGGAAGGAUUUCCAAAGGAUGUGGUUAUACUUGGUCGGAGUCUGUGACAUUUGUGGGCACUAUGAACUGUCCAAAAGUCUUAACUUCACCUGGUGGGUGGUGGUUGGGGUCUUCAUACAGUUCAGCCUCUGGAGAAGCAACAAAUGAGCCAAUUGGGAUUGGAAACAAAAGAAGAUUAUGUAAAACCCAUCACACUUUGAGACCACUCACUGGUUGGAAGAAGAUAGUAUUGCUGCAAAUCCUGUAUGAAACAGGGAUGUGGGCCUCCUUUUUGGGUCUUGUGUUAGGUGUCAGUUGACUUUUACAAGGGCUUAUAGGGAGGGGGGUCUUCAAUAAAUGUAGUCAGCACUGUUUUCUGCAUCCAGUGUGGUUGCAUUUCUAACCCAAGGGUAAUCAAAAUCAUUUGUCAUCCACUCUGUCUGACCUGUUGAAUGAAAUGUCUCUUUGGGGACAUGGCAGAGAUGAGAAAGACUUAGUGGGUUUUAGAGGUUCAGGGCAGAGAUUCCAUGGUUGUGGCAUGGUUUAAAUUGAACAAAUGAUUUAAAUUUUGGUUAGUUUUUCUGCUUUGUAAAGCCACAGCCACUUUCCUGUAGUGACCAUUGGCUCAAGCAUGUGCUUUGUAGGGACAAAUGUGCAGUUGUUUGUGGCAAAAGCCUAAAAAAUGACAAACUUGUAAAUUUAUUGUAUAUAAGCUGGCUGUGACCUAUGUGUUAACUGUUUCUGUAAUUUUUUUUCUUUUGAAAAUGAACGGGUGUGCUUCAGGGAUGGCACUUUGAAUAAUGUAAAUCAGUAAGAGAUGCGUUUUCUUUUUAGAAAUGUUAUCAUUUUUAAAGUGCCUCCCACCUAGGGGUAGGCAGUGACCACUUUGGGUACCAGGCCUAUUUUAUAGGAUUCUGUUGGAAAGUGCAGUCACUUCUGGAAGUUAACCUCAAUGCAGGUCAGCAUGUGAAAUGUUAAAUUCUUGACAUCUGUCAAAGUAGGGUUCAGGGAUUGAUUGGUUCCAGUUGCCCUCUGACCAGUUGUCCUUUAACUUCAGGACCUGUUACUAUUAGUUUUAUUAAUCAGAGUCUUUAAUUCUUGCAUGCUUGUAUCUAUUUUUUAAAAGAAUGAGCACACUUUAACCAAUGGCUUACUGUUAUCCUUCCCCCACCCCAACCUACCCUCUUAACAUAUUCUGAACGCUUCAUGUAUUUUAAUUUAAAUUUGAUGUUUUUAAGGUUCUGAGCAUGAGGCUAGCUGGUUAUCCCUGCAGGAUUCAUUUUUCAUCAUGGCUGGCUAAUUUUUCCAUAGGUUCCUAACAGUUGUUUGGUAUCUUGGGUCCCUGCAAUUUGGUAUCAGCUGUUCACCUUUGAGCUGAGGUGGGAGGAACAGAAGGAAACUUGAAACAUUUUCCAUCAAAGAAUUCCAUCAGUGUAGGCUUUGGGGGAGGUGUAUAUAAUGGUAGUGAAGACCUGUGAAUUGGUGAAGAGGGUAGGAAAGGAAGAGUUUGCAUUUUCAGGGUAGACUUUCAACUGAUAAAAGGAUAUGUAGUGUGUUGCAAAACUUAACAAGGGCUAAGGUGAAGAUCUCUACAAGAUACUUUAAAUGACAAUGUCUUUGAUUUUCUCUUUAUAUUUGGUUCAGUAGUGGACAACUACAGCAUUUUAUCAGGAGGAUUUCAGGGUCAAUCAGUGGAAUUGUGAUUUUUAGCAAGUUUGCUUAUGACUUUAUCUUGGCUUUUAAUAAUCACUUUGGCUGGUCUUCUGGUCACAGAUGCUAAGACAGAUGUCCAGACAUAUCUUUAUCACUGUAGGAUCAUAAAGUGCUAUGUUAUCUAUGGUUAAGAAUAUUUAUUAAGGUUGGAAUGACAUUUAAUUGAUUGUUCUAGAUCUCAGCUCAGUUCUUGUAGAAAAUGAACUGUAAAACUAUCAGAAGACCAAUAAUGCAAGAGGCAAAAUAAAACUUGAAGUGAA